UAUUAAAAUUCUCGCCAACCAUCGGUAGGUAAAGGAAUAGGCACCAAGGCAAAUCGAGCUAGGAAAGAGUAAAGGGAUCUGAGAAGAGAGAGGAGAAGAAAGUGCACAGAGAAGAGAAGCAUAUAACUAAAUUUAGCUCCGCAACAUUUCAGGCAGAAGCAAGGCAACUUUAACUCAGAUUAUUUGAUGGAAGGGUUGGCGCGUUCACAAAUCAACCCGAUUCAUGCUACUUUUACACAAUACCGCUCUAGUUUUGUUCCAGCUUUUUCCCUGCAGUUUAAAAAUAAUCUGACUAGCGGUGGAAUUUUGUUUAUGAAACCUUCUCAAUCAUGCAAUUCUAUUACUGCUUCAGUUCAACCUUUAAAAGCCUCCUCACUGGGCCACUGCAACAAUACAUUGCCAUCCAAAGAGGUUCUUGAGCUUUGGAGAAGUGCCGAUUCAGUAUGCUUUGAUGUGGAUAGCACGGUAUGCCUAGAUGAGGGUAUUGAUGAACUUGCAGAGUUUUGUGGAGCUGGAAAGGCUGUUGCAGAAUGGACUGCUAAAGCAAUGGGUGGUUCUGUUCCUUUUGAGGAGGCCUUGGCUGCCAGACUAUCUCUGUUCAAACCUUCCCUAUCUCAGGUCCAAGAUUUUCUUGAGAAGAGGCCCCCAAAAAUCUCUCCUGGCAUAGAUGAGUUGGUCAAGAAGCUGAAGGCUAAAAAUACAAAUGUUUAUUUGAUCUCGGGAGGCUUUCGACAAAUGAUCAAUCCUGUUGCAUCUAUCCUUGGGAUUCCACCUGAAAAUAUAUUUGCCAACCAAUUACUCUUCGGAAGUUCUGGGGAAUUUCUGGGGUUUGAUGCAAAUGAGCCGACUUCAAGGAGUGGAGGAAAAGCAACUGCAGUGCAGCAAAUAAGGAAGGUUCAUGGAUACAAGGCUCUGGUUAUGAUUGGGGAUGGUGCAACUGAUCUUGAGGCUCGAAAACCAGGUGGUGCUGACUUGUUCAUUUGCUAUGCGGGUGUUCUACUUCGAGAGACCGUAGCAGCAAAAGCUGAUUGGUUGGUUUUUAGUUUUAUAGAUCUGAUAAAUUCCUUGGAAUAGGUUUUAAUCUUCUGAAUUCUAAAUAUCUUGCUAUAUUUCUCUUUCUCCUACGGUUGUUCUAUUUUGUUGGCCAAGUACCUGUAUUAAAUCGGUGCUUUCUCAUUUUUUCUGAACUAAAAUUUUUUCCUCUUUAUAUCUUAUAACAAUGAAUAAGCUACAAUUAUUUGAGAAGACCAACAAAAGGUUUGUGUUUUCAA